AGCUACUCUCUUGCAAGUGCCAAAAAGACAGAACACUUUCUCGAUCAACAUGGCAUCUUCCGUUCCCGUCAUUCAAGUCCUUUCGAGGAACAAUUAUGAAGACCAACACAUUGUAGCGUUGCCAGAGUCGAGCUCGCUUCCCACAUUACCUCCGUCUUCCCUUCGCAUCAAGACUUCAAUUCUUUCUCUGACAACCAACAACUUCUCCUACGCUAGAAUCGGCCAUUUGCUUGGGUGGUGGGACAUCCAUCUUCUACCGGAAUCGAUACCUGCAGAGUACGCAGACCCAAAGAAGUUCGGACGGAUUUCAGGCUGGGGCUACGGUAUUGUCCUUGAGAGCAACGUCUCAGAAAUCCAAGUAGGAACUCAACUCUAUGGCUACCUUCCAAUCGGCACAUUGCCUGUCGAUGUCGAAAUCCAAAUCGACACCCAAGUUCCCAAUCAGAUAGUGGUUACCAGCAAGCACAGGCAGCACGUGCUCCCUAUCUACAACCGCUAUUUGGCUUUUCCACCUGCGAAUACUUCUGAGGGAACGACUCAAGAGCAACACAGUAAAGGCUACGAUUCGUUGAUGCAAGUACUGUUUGAAACAAGCUACAUGAUGAAUCGGUUUGUAUUCGCCUCGGAAUCGGCUGAGCUUGUGCAUCCGUCUGGAGAUCCCAACGAUGGCUGGACUCUCGAAAAAGCUGAUAUUGGACCCAAAACUACUGUGGUGAUCUUUUCACCCAGUGGAAAGACGGCUCUCGCUUUUGCUCACCAGCUCAAGCAUAGUCGACCGGUAGGCAAACUACCUCAUGCCAUCAUUGGUGUGGGAUCUUCGGCUUCGCAAGCAUUCUCCGAAGGCACUGGUCUGUACGACAAAGUGCUGAUCUACGAGGCCGAUUCGGGUGACUUGUCUUUGGAGUUAGGCCUUCAGGCUGAUUCGAAAAUCAUUGUAUGCGACUUUGGUGCAAGAGGAAAUGCGCCUGCGAGAUGGGCAGCUAAGUUAAAGCCAUCUUACAGCUCGCUGGUGCAACUAGACAUUGGAGGAGAAGUCGUACCGGACAGCCCAGAGAAGACCACGGAAAAAUUCAUGGCUCGAAUGGGUGGACCUCUGAUUAUCAAUGCAUCGGCUCUGAGGUCUCAAGCAAUGGCAAUUGUGGGCGAGAAGAAGUAUUUUGAAGAAUUCUUGAAAGAAUGGGAGGCUUUUAAGGCGCAAGGGGGAGUCAAAGGACUUGGUUUGAUAUGGGGCAGUGGGAUGGAUGAUGUAAAGAAAGGAUGGGAGGCUCUUUGUAGAGGUGAAGUAGGACCGAACCAAGGAUUAGUCUACAAGUUGUAGAAGGUUCGCCUUAGGAAGGUACAAUUUGUGGAAAUAUUUAAGUUGAAUCUUUACCUGGUAGGAUAGUAGGUAAAUUGUAUGAUAGCUUCUUGAGAGCUAUGCAUCUAUCGUGGUUACGAC